AUUGCAUUUGCGUCUCUUACACAUUUUUGCUUUGUUAUAUGAUAACAAUCAUAUCACCUGACAACAUGUGCAUCAAAUUUAAACAUGUUCUUACCUUUGCAAUGGACCUGAAGACUGGCUCAUUGCUCGUGGCUCCCGCUGUUAAGAAUUCCAGUUGUUCCCAUCCACGUUACUCUGGCCACAAUUUUAUACUACACAUUGGCAUUGCCGAGACCAUCGAAGCGGUGCUCAUUUUGGUCCUCACUUUGGGUGUGAUUGGAGCCAACUGUCUGGUCAUAUUUGUCAUCAACAAUCGUCGCUACGCCGCCUACAUACAUCAACAGCCACGUUAUUUGCUUACCUCGUUGGCUCUGAAUGACCUGACAAUUGGUCUGCUAAUUACACCGUUUGGGCUAAUGCCUGCAUUGUUUCAUUGCUGGCCUUAUGGUGAAAUAUUCUGUCAGAUACAGGCUUUGCUGCGAGGUGCACUUUCGCAACAGAGCGCCGUUAUUCUCGUUUGCAUGGCCGUGGACAGAUACAUGUGUGCACUACAUCCGCGACGCUAUUAUCAGCACUCUAGCAAGAAGGGCUGCGUUGCUAUAUUGAGCUUAACAUGGAUUAUCAGCCUGACGGUGUUCGGCUUUCUCGUUUUGCCCAAAGGCUACUACUUCAACAACACGGGUCUAAUGGCCUGCGAACCGUUUUACAGUAAGCCCUCUUACCGAAUUUUGUCCACAUGUGCUUUAUACUUUCCCACAACGAUGGUGCUGAUGUACUGCUACGGCUCCAGCUUCCAUAUGAGUCGGUUUCGCCUGAAUGAUCCAACCAUGCCGCUUACAGCAGCCGCCCAUCAUCCCCAUCCACAUCAUCCCACUCAGCAUCUGCAUCAGCAUCAGCAUCAGUCGCAGCAUCAGGCUCAGCAUCAGGCGCAGCAACAACAACAGCAAUCAUCACACAUAUUUGGACAUGGAAGUCACAGGCACUCGCAUCAUCCCCAUCAUCAUCAUCGGGCACCCGUUAUGAACCAUUUGAGCAUGGCCAUGAGCAUGGGUCUCGUUGGAAUGCCCAGCAUGACUAAUAAGAUUACCAAAAAGAUUGUGCCCAUACAAGAGAAGAAUUCAAGCGGCAACACGUCACGUUCCAUGGCCGCAAUUUCACUUGGAUUCAUUGUUAUGGUCACGCCGUGGACCAUUCAGGAGAUUGUUACUGCCUGCACAGGCUCAAAGCUGCCUCCGUUCCUGGAUUUUUUGGUCACCUGGACAUCGUUGAGUAACAGUCUGUGGAAUCCUUUUAUGUAUUGGCUGCUGAACUCAGACUUUAGACGUCUAAGUCGUCAACUUAUGCCAAAUAAAUGUUUUCCCAAUGAGGCUACGCCAGAACACAAAUCAGCAUGUUGCCACAUCAAUGCGAAUGAUUUUGAAAUCACAACGCUUCCGAUGCCGCCCGAGCCACCCGUCUCGAGGCCUCCGGCCAACAAUGGCACAAGCGGUGCCGGAUCCGGAGCAGGAGGAGGAGGAGGGGCUGGCGGCAUUGGUAGCUCCAUUGGCGGCUCAGUGCUUGGCAUUUGCGCGCGAUCCAGAGCAAACAGUUUAAGUCGCAGCGCCUCACAAUACAUAAGGGGCACUUUGGGCGGCAACAGGAUGCACAGUCAGCACUCGCGUCAACCAUCAACAGGAGAUGGCUACACUUCAGUGCGGCCCGAUAUUGAGGGCUUGUCCGAGAAGUAUUGGGGCGAGAUCUUGGAGCGGACUGUCAGCUCGGGAAAUUUGCAUGCAAUGCAAAAGAGUUUUCCCCACUUUCCGUAUCAUCAGCACAGCGGCGUCGGUGUCCAUGGCCACAUGCAUCAGGUCCAUCAGCCGCAGCAGCAUCAAACAACCUCAUUCAGUAAAUACAGUGAUCUACAUUUAAACAUAUCCAGUGCAGCACAGGAAGCUACAGCAGCGGAGCUCAGCAAAUUCUCCACAUCGGAGCCAAAACUCUGCGAGCAUCUAUUCCACGAUGCCAAUUGUGCCAAGAGCAAACUACUUGGCACCACAGACGCCGCUCCCUCGACUUCAGUCUCGACUGUGGCCGCCAAGCUGGCAAUAGGUCACAGUAUACCGGACAUUUAGUACGCAGAGGACGUCAUUCUGGCCAACAGUCAAAAGGCUCGUCGGGCCAUGUGUGCCCAUCACUCGCUGCACCAGCAGGGACAUGCCAGGACUCUUUUGCAUGCUCCCAUCGAUGGUGGGCAUAAUACGGGCAGUCUGCGGCUGAGUCGCAUCCGCGUCUCUUGUCACAGUCCUCCGCCUUCGAUGGCGCUGGCUGGCAACGCCCAAGCCGAUUAUCGCAACUAGAAUUCUAAUUACAGAUAGAGAUAUUCCGAUACGGUAUUAAGCCAAUCUAUGAGAAUGUGUAAGAAUCUUAGGUCUAAAUAUGUGUGUGUAUAUUCAAAGAAUACUGCGUCGACUUACAAAACAAGUUAUAGACUAAACCAAUUCUAGCCAAUUGUCACGUAAACUACAUCUUGAAUAUUUCAGUGGGGUAUUCCAUCAAUGUUCGUAUACUGCAAAUGAGAAAAGUAUUUGAUAGAUCAAACAAUUAAAAGAGGUUUCUCAGUUUCUUUUAAUCAAAAUGAUGUUGAAUAUUCCAUUCAACGAACUUCAAUGAUAUUUUCUCCGUUACUAAAAUAAUAACCUCUUCAUUGCUUCUUUGCGCCGAUUUCUAUAUUUCUGUCAAAAUCAGAGACUGUGAACUCUAUAUUGUAGACACUGUGGUUCUUUGAAAGGAAUCCAAGUACUUACAUCAAAAUCAUCAUUAAGGACGUAACUCAAGAUAU